AUUGUAAAUAAACUUGUUUAGUGUUGCAAUCAACGGGUAAAUCUUCGAACACUGGGUAUUUUAAUGGCCGAUAGGCAGAGUCGUCAAUUUUUAAGAUCAAAUUAAACCCCAAAAGUAAUACGUAUUGAACUUGCCUUGUUUUUAGUUAUCGUAUCGUGAUUGUUAGUUUGUGUUAUUGUUAGGUUUAUUUGGACUAAAAAUCAUGUCUAGAAGGAAGAAAAGUGAGUGUGGGACUUUUUUACAAAGGAAAAUGACGAAAGCCUUUUUGCUACUUGCAAUAUAUGCAAAAAACGACUAUCAAGAGGUGGUAAGUCACAUACCACAUCCAACUUGUUUAAACAUAUUAGGACUUUUCAUGCUCUCGAAUUUAAUAAACUUAAACAUCAAAAACAGGAAAAUGACCAGCUUCUAGGUUAUGAUGAUGAAGAUGUAGGCCUAGAUCAACCUGGUAGGCCUAGUACUAGUCUUGGAGCAUCUAGGCCUACUUUAUUCAACUUUGGUAUUGGUACUAGCACUAGCCAAACUUGCACAGAACCAGUUGAAAUAGAGAUCCCAAGUUUGACAAGUCCUAAACAAACUGCUUCGGAUAUUUCCGGUCCAUCUAGUAGUGCAAGUGUGGUUUCCCCAAAUUUUAGUACCACAUCUAUUACUCCACCUCAAAAUUCAGAGUUAGGCCUAUGUACAAAACAACCUACUCUAAGUGGCUUUAUUAAGCGAAAGGCAAAAUUGAGUCAAGAUGAUGCGAAAGCUAGGGCCAUCACAAAAAAAAUAGGGGAAAUGAUUUGCCUCGACAACCAACCGUUUAGUAUUGUUGAAAACCUCGGCUUCACCCGACUCGUGAACUUUUUAGAACCUAGGUAUGACAUCCCAAAACGCAAGUAUUUCACCACAGUUGAAGUACCUAGGCUUUAUGAACAAACUAAAACAAUAGUUUACAACCUGGUACAGACAGCAGAACAUGUCAGUAUUACUACUGACCUAUGGACGUCUACCGCCAAUGACGAAACUAUCUAAGCGUAACAUGUCAUUUUGUAACUGAGGGAGAAUGGAAUCAUAUAUCCCUCGAAUGCAUUCCAUUUCCUGAAAUAAGCCACUCUGCUGAAUCUAUAAGCAAGUUCUUAACCGAAGUCCUCAAGAAAUGGAACAUUUAUGACAAAUUGCACGUUGUUGUAAGGGAUAAUGGUAGGAAUGUGGUAGCAGCUAUGUCGUCGGGAAACUUUGAAGGCAUACCAUGUAUAGCACAUACAUUACAACUAGUUGUUAAAGAUGGCCUACUUAACCAAAGAGCUAUUCAGAAUAUGAGUUCAUCUUGUAGACGACUGGUUGGCCACUUCAAACAUUCAGCACAAGCCUGCAAGAUGCUGAAAUCUGCCCAGCAAACUUUAGGCAUAAAACAACACAAGCUGGUGCAGGAUGAACCCACAAGGUGGAACUCCACCAAGCAUAUGAUGGACCGCCUUUUGGAGCAAAGGCGAGCAAUCAUGUACAUUGUGCCUGACUUAAAAAGACCAGUCGAAUUAACAAACCAAGAUUGGGAGCUAAUGGCUAGUGUUGUAAAACUAUUAAAAAUUUUUGAUGAUGCUACUUUCCAAAGUAGUUCAGCACAAACUACCAUCUCUGAGAUAAUCCCUAUUGUAAACAGUGCCAAAAAGGAGUUGGAAAUGUUACAAUUAACACCUAGUAGUAGUGUCGUGACAUUUUCAAGGGACCUGAUCGAGUCCCUCAACAAACGGUACAAUGACCUGGAGGAAGUAAAAGCAUACUCUUUGGCUACCCUCCUAGAUCCCCGUUUAAAGGGGAGUGUUUUUGUUAGCCAGGACUGUUUAAACAAUGCAAAGUCACAGCUCCUAGAAGAGGCCAAAAUGAUUGAUGGGAAUGGGACCACCCCACAACUAACAACAGGGCAAACAAAAACAAAUCAACAAUCCUCCACUUCAAGUUCAACCAAAUCACCUGUUGCCAAUGAGACACUGAAACUGACCAUGUGGAAGAGAUAUUCCGUACUUAUGAAUGAAGCUACAGCUACCACAUCUACAAUUGACAUGUCCGCUGAAAGAGAAGUAAACCAAUAUCUACUCGAACCUUUGGCUAGCCCCGAACAAAAUGUCUGUGAAUAUUGGACAAGUGUUAAUGCAACAUACCCUAGACUAAGCAAGUUAUCAAAAAAGUACCUCUCUGCCCCUCCUGCAACCGUGUUCUCAGAGAGGCUUUUCUCCACCUCUGGGAUCAUUUGUGAUAAAAAAAAGAAAUAGACUGGACCCUCAGAGAGUUCAAAUGCUUGUUUUUUUGAACAGAAAUCUAAAGUACAAUGCAAACUUCAACUUGUAAUCACAUUCUAUUGAUUUUAUACUCUGCAUUUUGUUAAAAAACUAAACAUGUUUUUUUUAUAGCCUAAUGCAAACAAAAUCAAUUGUCAAUAGAAUAUUACAAAUAUUAGUCCUACCAUUGUCAAUAGUUUGUUAAGAGGGUUCCCUACCCCCAUUGAAA